CAGCCAACCCCGACCCUUGGGAGGCCGGGCUCUCGCGUUCCUCGAGGGCCUUUGCCCAGGCUUUUUCGGCCCAUCUCGGCCGCCGUGGCCGGGCUGCGCUCAGCUGUUUGUGGGCGGGGCCCCGCAGACCAUGGCGGGCGAGCUUGACAGCAGCAAGCCUCUGAGCGGGCUGCUGAGCGGCCUGGCCCAGGACGCCUUCCACGGGCACCCGGGCAUCACGGAGGAGCUGCUGCGGAGCCAGCUGUACCCGGAGGUGCCGCCCGAGGAGUUCCGCCCCUUCCUCGCGAAGAUGCGGGGGAUUCUUAAGUCUAUUGCAUCAGCAGACAUGGAUUUCAACCAGUUGGAGGCAUUCUUGACUGCUCAAACCAAAAAGCAAGGUGGGAUCACAUCUGACCAGGCUGCUGUCAUUUCCAAGUUCUGGAAGAGCCACAAGACAAAAAUCCGAGAGAGCCUCAUGAACCAGAGCUGCUGGGACAACGGGCUUCGAGGCCUGAGCUGGAGAGUUGAUGGCAAGUCACAAUCAAGGCAUUCCGCUCAAAUACACACCCCUGUUGCCAUAGUGGAGCUGGAAUUAGGGAAAAGUGGACAUGAAUCUGAAUUUCUGUGUUUGGAAGUUGAUGAGGUCAAGGUCAACCACAUCCUGAAGAAGCUCUCAGAAGUAGAAGAAAGUAUCAGCACACUGAUGCAGCCAGCCUAACUGAAGAUGAUGUAGGAAGGAGUUGGAGUUGAAGCAAAGGGCUACCACCAUGUGAUCCAGGAGAAUUUCGAUAAUAUCUCUGCUGUAAAAUGGAGGAAAAGAAUAUCUCAUCAGAUAGUGGGAUUCCAGAUGUCCUUGGAAGGAAGAAUUCUAGCUACCACAUUGAUACUGACUCACACAAAAAAAACUGUUGCCAUCAAGUCGAUUCCCACCCAUAGCGACCCUGUAGGGCAGAGUAGAACUGCCCCCAUAGGAUUUCCAAAGAAUGGCUGGUGGAUUCAAACUGUCGACCUCUUGGUUAGCAGCUGAGGUCUUAACCACUGCGCCACCGGGGCUCCAUGGACUCACAUAUCCCAUGAAAAUCUGUGAAAGCAUGAAAGAACACCCGUGAGUCACAGGGAGAGGAAACCAUUGUCAUUUGAAGCUCUUUUAGGCCAUCCUAUAAAAGUAAUAGCUGCAAAAGUGGGCGUGGGCUUUUGCCAGCAUUUUAUUUUUAUUAUAUCCCCAAACUCUAGGUAGUUGUAAAAACUACUUUUAAUUUAUAUUGAGUUUUCCAGUAUAAAGAAAUCAGUUGUUGAAGGUGGUCCCUGCAUUUAACACUAAACAGUUUUGAAUGCAUGUUUUGGACAGGGUCUGUUUGUAUGUGUUUGAUAUUGACUGGUGAUUUUUUAUUACAAAGGGAGUAUAUCUCUUUUAUAGUCUGUUGUGAAAUACAGAAACACACCAAGAACAGUUAAAUGGCCCAUGCACCUAACAUACAGAGAUCACAGAGAAAAGGCUAAAACUGGGAGAUGAGUGGGCUUGUCUUGAGUAAGUUCCUGUAGGUGAAGUACACGCGUUUUUUAAGACUUUAAUAAACAUUGCCAAAUUGCUCUCUGGAAAAGGUGAAUCAGUUUAUAUUACCCCUAAGAAAGUAUGGUAAUUUGAUGUUAUCAGAUUUUCUGGGACUAAGUUAUUUUUGUAAAUUUUUGCAAGGAACAUGUACAGGACCCCUCCCUCGGGCCUACGAGAAGAGCGGUACCCACCCCUAACAGCCUGUGGGGAAAGGACCAAGAAGGAGGAUGCUGGUCUGAGGGUCCCAGCUGAGCCAACUAGGUUUUCUACCUCUGUGACCUAGGUUAAAACCACUUGUUUUGAGUUCAAGAAAUGUGGGGCAAAAUAAAAGUAAUCCUCAACCUGAAUCAGGCCAUGUAGAAAUUGUCCUUGCUUGAGCAAUAGGCAUUCUGUACUUCGUCUGUUUACAAACAGUCCAGCUAAAACAAAAGCUGACUUGAGAAUAAGUCAGAAAGACAGUUACAGAUUUCUGUAGUUUCAUGUUGAUAAGGAGGAGCCCUGGUGGCACAGUGGUUAAGAGCUACCGCUGCUAAACAAAAGAUCUGCAAUUCGAAUCCACUAGCUGCUCCUUGGAAACCCUACGGGGCAGUUCUGCUCUGUCCUGUAGGGUCUCUAUGAGUCGGAAUCGUCUUGACAGCAAGGGUAUGAUUGAUGAUAAGGAGGGAGCAAAAGCCUCGGCCUAGUUUUCAGGACCAUUCUUGGGAGCUCUAGUUCUCACCAGCUUCAUCAACAUAAACCUAAAUUCCACCGUUACAGCUACUUCCUUCCUUUAUAUAACCUCUCUUCCCUCAGUGUUGCUUUAAUGAUGAUUCAGAAGGAAUUACAGCAUUUUAAAAUGUAGUUUAACUUAUUCUCUCUCCCCCAAAUCAAGAAGGCAGUGAAAAGCAAAGGAUGACAUUGAGUAUCUGAAAUAGCUUGACACUGAGUUAUUGAAAGUUCUUUUAUUAGAUCUGAGUGAAAAUUUGGAAAACAGAAUAUAAAUAGAAAUUAAAAGAAAAUAAAUGUUAAACAGAUGUUGGAUUUUGUUGUUGUUGUUGUUGUAGUACACAAUAUCUAGACCAGUGAAAGCUGGAAGGGCAUAGAAGGAGGCCUGCUGGAGUCAGAUGAGAAAAUAAUUGGGUAUGUUCCUUUUUAAAAGAACAGAAUGGUGGAAGGGAUGGGCCUUUGUGUGACAGUUGCCACUUUAUAAUUCUUAGCUCUCUAAUUUUUCAGCCAAGGUUUUUAAAUGUUUGAGAUGGUAAUUUAACCAGCAGACAGAAAAGCCCAAAUAGAAUAUAAUUAUCUUGAGAUUAACUCUAGUUAUAAAUACAUAAUUUUUUACCUCAAAGUUCAGAAAUAGCUGUUUUUAUCUCAGUGUGGUCACCUGUCCCUUAUAUAAAAAUGACCGUAAUCGUCUCUCAUAGCCUUGCAGCUAUAUGCAGCACUGAGCUAGCCUGUGUUGCAGAGGAAUCUGCCUGGGCCUGCUUCCUGUCAGAUAAAUAGUGUGGGCUGACAUAGCUUAUAAGUCUGGUACAUCUAUUAUCAGAAUAAAAUGCUAAACCUGUACAUGAGCAGAUUGUAAAAUACGGGUAUUUACAUCAUUUAUAUUCACCCAGGACUCUAAUGAGGCUUUUUCUUCUCUUUUACCUGCUUUUGGCUAGUUUUCUGUUUCCUGCUGGUGUUAGGAUUUCAAGUUCUGCUGAUUCUCUCCCACACAGGGUGCAGAUGGGGAGAGGGAGGAAUAAGGGGAAAACGUGUCUUUGCUGGCUCAAGGAAAAUGAGAAAUUAAACGAUUUGCUGAAAAGAAAUUUAGGCUGGAAAAUGAAAAUAGUUAAAAUCUUUCCUUUAAUGCUGUCGUUAUACUGUUUUAAUAUUAAAGAGAGAAAAAUAAAUUUGCAAAUUUUAUAUGAUUUACUGUUCUAGCUAUUUUUAGAACCAUGGUAAGAUUUGGCAUUGAUCUCAGAAUGACUGGUUUGGCGGCUUUGGUGGAAGCUAUUUUAUCAUCUUAUCAAAAAUGAGGAAGCAUUUGGACAGACUGGGCAGGGACAGGUACAAGGCUGUCCUCAGGAAGAGCUUGCAGGGCCCGUGUCUUAUGUCCUUGACCCUUGUGUUAGAUGAUGGCAGUUCCUACGGUGAUGCUUUCUGUAUGCAGAUGUGACCUUGGGGGCUGUGAGGCCCAGUGCCACUUGGACACUAUAUCUGUGUUGGACCUGUCCUUGGGCCUGCAGCUGCUGUUCUUUUUUGUAGAGCCGGUACUAUUUGGGAUGGCCUUGGCCUCACAGUCCACUGGAUGCCACCCAUCUCUGGGUAUACUGUACAAGACGAGUGAGUCUGCUACCACAUGGGGCAUCCUGGUUGUCCAUGGUGUCUCAUCCUAGCUGGAAAACCAUGACCCACGCUUGCUAAAUACAGCAUAGUUCUUGGCCAUGAAUUAGUUGUAACUAUGUCUGUAGUGAAUUCUUUAGCAACUACACUCCUUACUGUUGCGGUUUUCUCAACAUGGUCUGCCCAUGUUGAGAUGUUUUACUUAUAUUUUAAAACUUUUAUUAGUACUUUUAGUACUACUACUUAUUAAAAGUUAUUAAUGUUAAUUUUUAAAAUUAGUUCAGAAUUUAUAGAGCAAAAAGUGAGUCUCCCAUGCCUUCUGCUCUUCAAAAAAUCUCUCUUCCCAGAAGUAAUUGCUCUUAGUAGUUGGCGUGUUUCCUUCUGCACACUUUCUAUGCAUAUGAAAACAAAUACAUGUAUUUAUAUGUAUAUAUAUUUAUGUACAUGUACACGCACACACUCAUGUGUGCAUGUAGGCAUAUACUGGUUGUACACAAUUCGACUCCUUGGCAAAUUUCACUAAAUGUGUAAUGAACAGCUUAUCAAGUCAGUGCAUAAUGGUUUAUUCUCCUUCCAGUUGACUACAGAGGAUCCCACCGUGUAGAGGAACCUUAAUAUAGUUAUUAAACUAUUACUGAUGUGUAGGUUUUUGCUGUGCUGCAGUGGACAUCCACGUACAUACAUCUUUUUACAUUUGUGCAAGUAGGUUGAAAAGGGGAAUUGCUGGUUUUGAUGAUACGUGCAUUUAAUUCUAGGAUAGCUGGUUGCCAGGUUUCUCUCCAAUUUAUACAG